GGACAUUUUUUCUUUGAAAAAUAAAGUUAUUAUCUCAGCAAAAAUGCAAGGUGAUGUGCACUAUCUUCCACUCUUGAUGCUCUUUUUUGGUUGAUCAGAGUUCAGUGAGGCAGAAAGAACCUGUUAUAGAAAAACUACAAAAUUUUCUUCCUCUCUCUCUCUCUCUCUCACACACCACAAUUCUCAAUUCUCUCUUCUCUCUCACUCAUUCACUCCCCAAAAAAGACAACAACACAACUGUCUCUGAUUCACCUUGUUGUGUGGUUUGUUGAAGUGUUAUUAUUACUUCAUGUGUUGUUACUCUUCCACUUCUUGUUUUUGUUUCAUAGAUAUCCACAAAAACAAAACUAACUUCAGGACCACUUACAAAGACAUUAUUGUCCUUGGGUUUGUAUUUCAUCAAACUUUUACCCUUUUUUGAUGUUUUGUUCAUAAAGAAUCAAACUUUAUGAGUUUUGAGUAGUGGGUUUAGUGAGAGAAUUUCUGGGUUUGCUUCAAUUUUUGCUUUUUAAGUCUUUUGAAGAUUCAUGUUAUGGUGUUUGGUUGUUCAGUUUUUUUUUUUUAAUGUUCUACCAAACAAGUGGUUUUUGCUUUUACCUUGAAUCUUCAUUGAAGAAAAAAAGUUGGUAAAUUUUUUAAGGAUGUCUGUGAAUGGAAGAGUUUCUGGUUCAAAUGGAAGAUUAUCAUCAUCAAAAAUGAAGUCUUGGAAAGGAAAUGAGUCUUUGCAUGUGUCUAAUUCUAGUACAACAUGUAGGUGGAAACUGUUUCUGUUUUGGGUUUUUGGUGUUGUUUUUAUAGGGAGUGUUUGGUUUAUCUUUAGUAGUUUCAAUAGUAAGCAUUUGAGUAAUGAAUCAGCUUGUGAAAAGAGUACAGAAACAUUGCUACAACGUUACAAUGUCAGUAGGAAACAGCUUAAUGCUUUGGUUUCAUUGUUCUCUGGAUCAGAUCAGAUUUUGUCGAAUUGUAUUGAUGAAAGAAGACUUCAAAUGCUGUUAAGCAGUGGCAUAAUCAACACUCCUCCACAGUCUCUGUGUCCAAAGAAUCAGGAGCUACAAAAGGAGCGUAGAUAUGUUGCAGAAUUUAUAGAACAAUGUCCAAUUCUUGAUGAUUUUGUUCACACAAGGCUUGGAUUAUCAUUCCCUUGGAAAACAUAUGUAACAUUGGACUCUCCACUUUUGUCCAAUUGGUUUAAUGUUUUGUUCUGUGGAAAGGUGCUGUUGGGUCCUUAUUGGAAUUAUACUAUCAAUUUAUCUAGUUUAGUUAAAGGAUGCUGUUGGGUCCUUAUUGGAAUUAUACUGUUCCACAAGUUGUGUGGCUUCUGUUUACUACGAAAGAGUCAAAAGCAGAAGAAGGUAGUUAAGAAGCAUCCAGCUGCUCAACAAAAGCGGAUUCAACAUUCUAUGCACGGUCAUUCAAAGGCUUCUGGGAGGUGGAGAAAAAAGUUGCUAGUUAUUUUUCUGUUACUUGGAAUCUUUGGUUCUGGAUGUUUAUUUUGGUACAUGAGUUCAGACAUUGCGCAAAGAAGAGUAGAAAUGCUUGCCACUAUGUGCGAUGAGCGAGCCCGAAUGCUGCAAGAUCAAUUUAAUGUGAGCAUGAACCAUGUCCAUGCUCUCGCUAUUCUUGUGUCUACAUUUCACCAUGGUAAACAUCCUUCCGCAGUUGACCAGAAUAUUUUUGGAAAAUAUACCGAGAGUUCAGCAUUUGAGAGACCACUUACUAGUGGUGUUGCUUAUGCUUUGAAAGUUCUGCAUUCUGAUAGGGUGCAUUUUGAGAAGCAGCACGGAUGGACAAUUAAGAAUAUGGAAGCCGAGAACGAGGCACUAGUUCAAGAUUGUAUUCCAGAAAACUUGGAUCCGGCGCCCAUUCAAGAUGAAUACGCACCAGUCAUAUUUGCUCAAGAAACAGUUUCUCAUAUUGUAUCUAUUGACAUGAUGUCAGGGAAGGAGGAUCGCGAGAAUAUUUUGCGAGCAAGGGCAUCCGGAAAGGGUGUUCUGACGUCCCCUUUUAAACUACUGAAGUCCAAUCACCUAGGUGUUGUACUUACAUUUGCUGUCUAUAACUCUGAACUUCCUCCAGAUGCUACACCCGAUCAGCGUAUUGAAGCUACUGCAGGGUAUCUUGGUGCAUCUUAUGAUGUUCCAUCACUCGUGGACAAACUUCUUCACCAACUUGCCAGCAAGCAAACCAUUGUUGUCAAUGUUUACGACACAACUAAUGCAUCUGCACCUAUUACAAUGUAUGGUACUGAUGUUAUUGAUACUGGCUUACUACACAUAAGUGGUCUAGAUUUUGGGGAUCCGCUACGAAAACAUGAGAUGCACUGCAGGUUCAAGCAUAGGCCUCGAUUACCUUGGACACCAAUAUAUGUAUCUGUGGGGGUAUUUGCUAUUACCUUUCUUCUGGGACAUAUAUUUCAUGCAGCGAUAAAUCAAAUAGCUAAAGUGGAGGAUGACUAUCGUCAAAUGAGAGAGCUCUUAGUUCGUGCUGAAGCUGCCGAUGUCGCAAAAUCUCAGUUUCUUGCGACAGUUUCACAUGAGAUCAGGACUCCAAUGAAUGGUGUUUUAGGUAUGCUGCAAAUGUUGAUGGACACUGACCUUGAUGACAGUCAGAUGGAUUUUGCCCAAACUGCUCACACGAGUGGUAAAGAUCUUAUAUCGGUCAUUAACGAAGUUCUAUAUCAAGCUAAGAUUGAGGCAGGCAAACUUGAACUUGAAACUGUAGCUUUUCAUCCACAAGCUAUUCUAGAUGAAGUUCUAUCACUUUUCUCUGAAAAGGCCAAUGAAAAAGGAAUUGAGUUGGCUGUUUAUGCAUCCAACCAAGUACCUCAAGUUGUCAUUGGCGAUCCUAAACGCUUCAGGCAAAUCAUUGCCAAUCUUGUUGGCAAUUCACUUAAGUUCACUCACGAUAAAGGACAUGUUUUUGUCUCGAUUCAUCUGGCAAAAGAAGUGAAGAAUCCCCUUGAUAUCACAGAUGCAGUGCUAAGAGAAGGCUUAAUGAAUCAGGACAUAUCAGAAAGAACAUGUAAUAAUACAUUGAGUGGAUUUCCUGUAGGCAACAGAUGGAAAAGCUGGGAAAAUUUUAAAAAGUUAAAAUUGAUGGAUGAGUCCGAAACUAUUCAACUACUUGUAACUGUUGAGGACACUGGUAUAGGAAUUCCUACCGAUGCACAAAGCCGCAUAUUCACACCUUUCAUGCAGGCUGAUAGUUCCACAUCCAGAACAUACGGUGGAACUGGAAUAGGAUUAAGCAUUAGUAAAUGUCUAGUUGACCUCAUGGGAGGAGAAAUUGGAUUUGUAAGCGAGCCUAAAAUCGGAAGUACUUUUUCAUUCACUGGAAAUUUCAGAAAAGGAGAAACCAAAUCUCUGGAUGAAAAGUGGCAGCAGAAGUAUAAUCCUUUUGUCUCCGAGUUCCGAUGUUUGAAAGCAUUAGUAAUAGAUAGAAGAAAAAUCCGUGCCGCGGUUACAAGAUAUCACCUGCAAAGGUUAGGGAUGUCUGUGGAUGUUAAUUCCAGUCUUCAAGCUGCAUGCUUUUGUCUAUCUGAUACUUGCAAGUCAAGUAUGUCAAAGCAGUUGGCCAUGAUUCUUAUCGACAAGGAUUCCUGGGACAACGAAUGUAGUAUCUUAUAUGCAAUCAAGAAACAAAGACAAAAUGGCAUCAAAGAGGACACAUUAAACUUUCCAAAGAUUUUUCUCCUGGCCAACGAUCUUAGCCAUAGUGAACGUAACGAGUUGAAGUCGGCUGGUAUCAUAGAUGAUAUACUAAUGAAGCCUCUUUGGCUAAGUGUUCUGAUUCAGUACUACAGAGAGAAAGUAUUCAAACUUGAAAAUUUAUUAAUACAGAAACGGAUUUUGGUGGUUGAUGAUAAUGCAGUAAACAGAAAAGUUGCUGAAGGUGUUCUUCGGAAAUAUGGGGCAGUAGUUACAUGUGUUGACGGGGGUAAGGCUGCUCUAAAGAUGCUCAAACCACCACAUAAUUUUGAUGCUUGUUUCAUGGAUCUUCAAAUGCCGGAAAUGGACGGUUUUGAGGUCACGAGGCAAAUCCGCUAUAUGGAGAACGAGGUAAAUGAAAAAAUCACUGGUGGGGAAGCAUUGGCGGAGAUGUUUGGGAAUGUUUCUUAUUGGCACAUUCCAAUACUAGCUAUGACAGCUGAUGUAACUCAAUCAUCGAACGAAGAAUGCAAAAAAUGUGGGAUGGAUGACUACGUGUCAAAGCCAUUUGAAGAAGAUCAACUCUAUAUGGCAGUCACACGUGUUUUCAAUUUCGGUUCAUAGUAGUAACAUCUCUCAUUGACACACUGCAAUACUAGCUACUACUACUACAGCUGAUGUAACUCGGCCUUCGACAGAAGAAUUCAGCACAAUGGAUCAGAAUCGAUCUCAGCUAUGACCAUGUGUAGAUAUGAAAAUUGAUGUCAACCGUGCUAAUUAUCACUCAUUGUAGAAGAGGUCAACAGGAGUCAUAACUAAUUUGUGUGUACAUAUUUUUUUCUUUGUGUAUUCAUUUCUAGCAAGUAAGAUAUAUAAGAUAAUAUUCAUUUCUAGCUAGUAGGAUAUAUAAGUUAAAAUGUUAAUAGUCAUGUCAUCAUUAAUUCAUUUUUUGGGGGCUAAGAUGGAAAGAAAUGAAAGAUAUCUGAACCCUCAGAAGUUUGUAAAAUAUAAAUCAUUACACAGUAUAGACUAUAGUAGUAUGAGAAAUGUAUCAUUAUUCUUGUGA